AUGGAUAAUUCACUACUUAUAAAAGCCGCCAUUGCAGUUACAAUUUUACUAGUCGUUACAGUCAUUGGUCUCUCUCUAUUCGCAAAGAAACAAGGCAAGAACACAGUUUUAUUACUAGGCAUCAGCGAUGCUGGCAAAACAGCCAUGUACAUAUUAUUGAAAAAUGGAAAAAAUCGACCCACAGUGUCAUCUAUGAAGGAGAAUGAGGGACAAAUCACAAUCAACAACAAGAUGUACGAGCUAGUGGAUAUGCCAGGCCACGAUCGUGUUCGUUACCGAUACGCAGAUUUUUUACCUGUAACACGCUCUAUUAUUUUCGUGAUUGACAGCACCAAAGUCAGUAGAGAGAUUCGACCUGUAGCGGAAUAUCUGUAUGAUAUAUUGGCCAAGCCCAUUGUCCAGAAGCAGCGCACACCCAUCUUAAUUGCCUGCAACAAAGCUGACAUGAUCACCGCUUUACCUAUCGAGAAGAUAAAACUGUUAUUGGAGACUGAACUCAAUCGUUUGCGUGGCACUCGCACAGCCCGUGUUGAACAGCAAGAAAGUGACGAACAAGAGGCAUUCUUGGGAUAUGAAGGGGAGGAUUUCAAGUUUGAUCAUGUGGAUAAUGAUAUUGAAUUUGAAUCAUGUUCGGUUGAGAACCAAGAUGUAGAAAAAAUCAAGGAUUGGAUCGUUCAAUAA